UCUGUUGGAAAAGUUUGCGUUGAUUGGACAGAGCUGCGCAACGUGACGGCGCCGACACGGACAUGCGCUGUGUGCCGCCGCUGGCUGGCUGCUUCUCUGCGACUCCACCCCUCCUGUAGACGAAGGCAUGGCGAGCACCGAGGCUAGAAGGGAGUGUGAGACAGAGGGCUGCUGCAAGGACGCCAAACUUCAGUGUCCCACAUGUAUCAAGCUUGGUAUCCAAGGCUCCUAUUUCUGCUCACAGGAAUGUUUCAAAGGGAGCUGGGUGUCUCACAAGUUGCUGCACAAAAAAGCAAAGGAGGACAAGAACCAGAAUGAAUCCAAGAACUGUGUGGAGAAGGACAUCAACACAGACCCAUGGCCAGGCUACCGCUACACAGGAAAACUACGCCCUCACUACCCACUAACUCCCAUGAGGUCCGUGCCUGGCGACAUCCAAAGACCGGACUAUUCUGAUCAUCCCAGAGGGAUAUCUGAGUCUGAGCAAUUUCUGAAGGGAACGUCACAGAUCAAGAUCCUGUCUCCUGAGGACAUUGAAGGCAUGAGAGUCGUGUGCAAGCUGGCAAGAGAAGUGCUGGACAUUGCAGCCUUGAUGGUGAAACCAGGAGUUACAACAGAGGAAAUCGACCACGCCGUGCAUCUGGCUUGUACAGCAAGGAACUGCUACCCCUCUCCUCUCAACUACUACAACUUCCCCAAAUCCUGCUGCACAUCUGUCAAUGAGGUCAUCUGCCACGGUAUCCCUGACAGAAGACCACUGCAAGAAGGAGAUAUCCUCAAUGUGGACAUUACAGUCUUCUAUAACGGUUUCCAUGGUGACCUCAAUGAAACUUUCUUUGUCGGAGAGCUGGAUGAAGAAGGAAAGAAACUGGUUCAGACCACAUAUGAAUGCCUUAUGCAAGCCAUUGACUCUGUGAAGCCUGGUGUUCGCUAUAGAGAAUUAGGUAACAUUAUCCAGAAGCACGCGCAGGCCAACGGGUUCUCUGUGGUGCGGAGCUACUGUGGACACGGCAUCCACAGACUUUUCCACACUGCUCCCAAUGUGCCACAUUAUGCCAAAAACAAAGCAGUCGGAGUUAUGAAGCCUGGCCAUGUAUUCACCAUUGAGCCUAUGAUAUGUGAAGGUGGCUGGCAAGAUGAGACAUGGCCAGACGGCUGGACGGCGGUGACCAGAGAUGGGAAGCGCUCGGCUCAGUUCGAACACACCCUGUUGGUGACGGAGACCGGCUGCGAGAUCCUCACCCGGCGCUUUGAGGACAACGGCCGUGCUCACUUCCUGACUCAGAUGUAGGCUGGACCUGAACGCACCAAGGACUGGACUUCCCAGACACCAGAUACCCAGCACCUCUGGGUCUCGAAUGCAUGCACGCACGCGUGCACGCAUGCGUGCUCGCUUGCAUACACAUACAAACACACACACACACGCACACACCUGAAACAAGAGGCAUCACUCCUAGAGCUCAGUUUAACUGUGUCUCUCAUUGUUCUUUGAAUUGAAUAUGGGUCCUCAGAUUAAAUGGAAGUACUUGAAUGUGUCUUAUAUCAAAUGUGGAUUGCUUUAUUAGUGACAACUGUGUCUUCUGAAAGUAAUAUGAAAGUAUUUAUUAGGUUUUGUUUAGUGUUCGGGCUUGACAUUGGGCAUGAUCUGACCUCUGGAAUAUGUCAGGCAGAGUUUUUACUGGCUAGCUAGUUGUUGUCUGUGGUGUGUGGAGCUCAGGGCAAAUCCAACUAGUACCCCAUGCUUUGCUAUUUUUCUCUCAGCCUCUGCUAACUUAAUUGUAUGAAAUUCCCGGAGAUGGACUGAGAAGAAUCAGCAAUAUAGACAGAGGGGGGUUCCAGGAAACUGGGUCAACAAGUCUCAUGACCUCAACAACCAGCAUCUUGAACCUUAUUGGCCUUUACAGCUUAAGCCUGAAAAACUGUAAGUUUAGAUUUCACCCAACAAAAAUCUUCCUCUGGCAGCCAUGUUGGAUUUCUUCAGAGUUUAACAGAUGUAUUUUAAGGAGUAGUUUGGUGUUUUAGGAAAUAUACUUAGAUGAGAAGUUAGGUCCGAUAAUAAAUACUGCUCUCACAUCUGUCCCUUCAACAUGUAACUACAACCAGGAGAUGGUGACCUUAGCCUAGACUGGAUGCAUGGAGAAGUGCUAUCCUGGCUGUGUUCAAAGUAAAAAAAGAAUGCAAACUAGCACCUUCAAAGCUCUGUAAUUUCGACAUAAUAUGUUGUUCGUUCAAUGUGUGCAAAAAAGUAGGAGGAGAAAGAAUAGUAUUUUUGUGGCAAAGAUAUAAUCCGGCACAUAACCCCAUUUUAAAACUACAAUCGUCACAUUUACAAAUUGUAUGGCUUAGCAAAUGAGAUGUAAGGGGUUAGUGACCUUAAAUAGCUUGUAGUUGAGUUUUGUCACCUUUAGGCAGAGCCAGGCAAGCUGUCUUUAUUCUAAGAAAGUCCAAGCUAAGCUAGCUGUCACCUGAUUGUAGCUUCAUAUUAAAUUGAUGUGAGAGCUGUUAAACUUUGCAUCCAACACCUUACAAGAUGCAAAAUAAAAAAUAAAUACAAUUCACCUGUUUUUUGAAAGGAAAAUAUUCAGUGAGUAAUUGAUUUAUUGUCUUAUGUGCCUGUUAAAGGUGUCCAGUAGAAGCACUCUGAUUUAAAUGUAAUAUAACACAUAAUACAUAAAACAUCAUUUUCCAGUAGAUGAAGUCAGAGUCACAGUUGGGAAGGGAGCCAUGACCUAACAGCAGCUCUCUCUACGUAGAUAUCCAGAAUGACAAUAACAUUGAGCGCAAAGUCACUCUAGUGCUGGACUUGUAAAUCCUGCUUUGAGGAAUAUAUCAGUGUGUCUCAUGUUCCCUAUAGCCCUGGUGUAGCAAAUUAAGCCUUAACGUGUAAAUCUAGCCUGAUAACUUAAGGCGCAUUCACUGAUGUUCCCCCUUAUCUCGACAGUCACCAUUUUACCUUGACUUUGGGAUUGUCCCGGUUUGAGCAACAUUCAUUAUUACUACAUUUUCAGAGGACUAAUGGGAUCACAGUUUCUCUUUGUAUUUCUUCUAAUGGAGUAAUAAAUGACUCUUGUGUA